GGCCCCAAUAUGCAGCUCCAGGACAGUGGCGUCCAGUACAGCAGGUGGGACGACAGCAGCCGGGAUGAAGUCAGCGCGGCGGCUGUGUCCAGCACAGAGGAGGCCUCGAGCUGGGAGAGUUCUCACUCUAGGUUCUCCCGGAAGCUGUGCUCGGGCAAGCUGGGCAUCGCCAUGAAGGUGCUAGGCGGCAUGGCCAUCUUCUGGGCCGUCUUCAUCCUGGGCUACGUCACCGGCUACUUCGUGCACAAGUGCAAAUAACUGCCGGCCACAUGCGAUUGGGGGACAGGUUGGGAGGGACACCGCCCGGCUACGAGAACCCACCAUAUGCGCGGACCCCCACAUACAUGGACCCCUGGAUACACACACCUCGUGGACAUAGACUCCCCUCGCCAUGUGCCCAGCCCCUCCCCGCAGUCACAGGCCCCUCUACUCCAUACACAGACCCCAGGGGCAGACCCAGCACACAGGAUACACGCAGACACCGCUGCAGUUUUCACGGCCCCUACAUGGGCGCGGAGGCAGCCCCCAGGGGCACACGUAGCCUGGACACCAGGGAUCACCCCGCACUGGGGCUGCAGCACGUACCGAGGCUGGGCCCACAGGCCAGGGCCCCGGCACAUUGGGCGGGCCCAGGCCUGGCUGCCCCAGGUGUGGGUCCUUCCUGGGCGAUGGUGUGGCCCUGGCAGGGCCCUUGCCCUCUGGGCCUUCCGACUCUGCUGGGCAAGAAUGGCUGUCAGGGUAGCUGUGUCCCUCUGCCCUCCUUCCCAGGGCCUGAGACCCGCCCUGGCCUUGGCCUAGGUUCCAGACCACCACCUGCUCCCCCCCAGUAGCCAGUACGGGGCCAUGGCUCUCCCUGGGCUGUGUAGCACGCGGGCGGCCCAGUGGGAGGGCAGGGCCGUGCAUGAAGACAGUCAUUAAACGUGCUGAACUAACGAAUGAUGGAUGGAAUGACGGAGGGACGACGGCCUCUCCCUUGAGUCCCCUAGGCCAGGUGUGACUUUGCUCCGUCCCCCACCCCCAUGGGAGGCCAGCUGGAGG